AUUAGAGUGCCAACUACUGCUGCGACACGUUUAGUAGAAGAGUACAAGGUAUCCAUCGUGGAGCAAAUUACGCUGACGUUGAUGCAAGGAUGAUCGCGUAAUCGGCUCACAUUGACAAUCACAUUCACGUUCAGAGAUCGCGAACGUCUUGAAAGAGGUGCGUGAGAGAAUGUCGCGUUCGAAAAACGAGAAGAACGGUAACGGCGGCAAGUGCGAGGUUAGCGUGUGGACACGUGCAAUCACAGCCAACUCUGAAUGGCCAGAUAAGGAAGAAUUUCUUGAUGUAAUAUAUUGGACAAGACAGGUGAUCGGUAUUAUCGUCGGUAUAGCAUGGGGCCUUAUACCUUUGAAAGGUUUUUUAGCUCUAUUGUUAUUUGUAUUAGUCAAUGCAGGAAUUACAUAUUUAUACUUUAGCAGUUUCCAACAAAUCGAUGAAGAAGAAUUUGGUGGUGUAUGGGAACUAACAAAGGAGGGAUUUAUGACCUCCUUUGCUGGCUUUCUGGUAACUUGGAUCAUUAUAUAUUCUGGACUGCAUUUUGACUGAUUUAUACUAACAAUUCAACAUGUACAAGGAGUAAUAGCUUUUCAUAUGGAUUGUGCUGCUGCCAAAUUCGUUAUACGUAUGCAAUAGUCAUUGCCAGAGUUGGGAAGUAACUUGUUGCUUGUAAUGUUGAUACUAUUACAUCUUCUUAACGAUAACUUGGUAACAUUGUUGUCCUUUGCAGUAACGAUAACAAAUAGUGUACACUACAAUGCUGUUUAGUGCCCCUGAAAUGGAUGGCUUUUUUACAAAUUGUAAAAAAAGUGAAACUCUUGAUAAGGAAGUAUAACAAAAAUUGUAAAUUUAAUUCUUGAAUAAUGCGAUGGUUAUUUUUUUUCAACAAAUAACGAGUAACAUGAUAACGAAUUAUCCUUUGAAAAUAACUCUCCCAACUCUGGUUAUUCCUUCGCAUUAUUCGUUAUCUAUAACGUUAUGUAUUGUUACAUACACAUAUGGUUUAAUUGUAUAAAAAUCUUCUUACCUUCUCAAA